AAUUAACCAAGCUCUGAUCUAGGUCCAUCUUUCCCUUCCACACACCCACCUCUUUCUCUGUCUCUUUCUCUCUAAAAUCUCAUGAGAGAGAGAGGAGAGAGGAGAGAGGAGAGAGAGGUCCACUUAGCUCUGCAACCUGCACUCCUAGUGUAGUAAAGCAGCAACAUUUAACUUGAAGUUCUAUCAAUACCUUCACUCAGUUCUAUGUACAAUAUCUCACAGAAUCUAGAGUUCAUAACAACAGUAUCUACUACUAUUUCAUAGUUUCUUGAAAGACAGAGGGAACCCUUCUCAUUUUGUGGAGGUUGCAAUGGCAGUUCAAAGCAAAACCACCCAUCUCUUGAUCUUGCCCCUCCUUCUCAUAUCUUCACUCACCACAGCCCUUCUUGCUUUGACUGAACAGCAAGAACUGGAUCGAAUCUCGUCUCUCCUUGGACAACCACCAGUCACAUUUUCACAGUUUUCUGGCUAUGUUACUGUCAAUGAGAAACAUGGGCGUGCACUCUUUUACUGGUUGACAGAAGCUACAACGACUCCUGACAAGAAACCUCUUGUUCUUUGGCUCAAUGGAGGACCAGGUUGUUCAUCGGUGGCAUAUGGAGCAUCAGAAGAAAUAGGGCCAUUUCGGAUAAAUAGAACUGGUUCAUCUCUUUAUAUGAACAAAUAUUCUUGGAAUAGAGAAGCAAAUAUUUUGUUCCUGGAAUCACCAGCUGGUGUGGGAUUCUCAUACACAAACACAAGCUCUAAUCUUAAAGAUUCUGGAGACAAAAGGACAGCUCAGGAUGCUCUAGUUUUUGUCAUUAGGUGGAUGUCAAGAUUUCCUCAAUACAAAUAUAGAGAGUUCUACAUUGCUGGUGAAAGUUAUGCAGGGCAUUAUGUCCCCCAGUUGGCAAAGAAAAUCCAUGAUUACAAUAAAGCGUAUCCACGUCCCUUCAUCAAUCUUAAAGGAUUCAUUGUAGGAAAUGCAGUCACAGAUAGCUACUAUGAUAGCAUUGGAACUAUUGCAUUUUGGUGGACACAUUCAAUGAUAUCGGAUCAGACUUACCGAGCAAUUCUUGAUAAUUGCAAUUUCACAGAUGACACGACCUCUAAAAAAUGUGAUGAUGCUGUGAAUUAUGCAAUAUACCAUGAAUUUGGGAAUAUUGAUCCAUACAGCAUUUAUACACCAUCUUGCGUGCAACUUCCAAAUAGUACUAUGAGGCUGAAGAAUACUCUGUUCCGUAGAAGGGUUUCUGGUUAUGAUCCAUGUACUGAGAAUUAUGCAGAGAAAUACUAUAAUCGACCUGAAGUGCAAGAGGCAAUGCAUGCUAAUGUUACCGGAAUUCCUUACAAAUGGACUGCUUGCAGUAAUGUGCUGAAUAGAAACUGGAAGGAUUCUGAAUCAUCCAUGUUACCCAUAUACAAGGAGCUGAUUGCGGCUGGUUUAAGAAUCUGGGUUUUCAGCGGUGACACAGAUUCAGUGGUUCCGGUGACUGCCACUAGGUUUUUCCUUAGUCACCUCGAUCUCCCUGUUAAAACCAGGUGGUACCCUUGGUACUCAGGCGACCAGGUUGGAGGAUGGACAGAAGUUUACAAGGGGCUGACCUUUGCAACUGUGAGAGGAGCAGGCCAUGAAGUUCCAUUGUUUCAACCAGAAAGAGCUUUCAUUCUUUUCAGAUCAUUCUUGGGUGGGAAAGAACUACCCAAAUCUUGACAAAAACUGGGACAAUGGCUUGAGGGAGAGUAAUUGAUAUGUGGAGCAAUCCAUAAAUCAGUAGAAACCCCAUACCAAUUAUGGGUGACGCAGCUUGGGUAGGGUCAUCCAUUCAGAGAAGACAAUAUAUUUUAAGGCAACAUGUUCUAAUCUGUUUCAUAUACGGAUUCUAAUUGUCAUUCCA